GUCAUCUUUCGACUCAGCUACGAAUGUCCCUCCUAGUCCUAUCGGCUUCAGACGUCUCUCAAGUAACGGCAAGGUUCUCUCCCGAUGAGCUCGUCGCGGUCAUGGCCGAUGUCUUCUCUCGCCUUUCCACCAAUGAUCCAGGGAUCAUUCAGCCUCAUCGGACGAGCGUCCCCACAGGAAACCACACUUGUCUCUUUAUGCCUUCAAGGGUGGCGUCAUCGGGGACGACCAUGAAGGUCGUUGCGGUGCCGACAGCGACAGCGCCACAGGACGUCAAGGAGCGAGGGCUCCCGGGAAGUACUAUCGUAUUGGACGAGAGGAAUGGUGGUGUCAAGGCAAUAGUCAAUGCUAGAAGCCUAACUGCACUCAGGAACGCUGCUGGCUCCUUGCUAUCUACCCGGCUGCUGCUAGCCUCGGAAGCGGGACCAAGGAGCAUCGUUGCGUUCGGAGCUGGAGCACAAGUGCAAGCUCAUCUGUCGCUUUUCCUGACUGCGUACCCGUCCAUCCGGUUGUGCACCAUCUUCAAUCGCUCUCUUGGAACCAGGGUCGAAAGCCUACUAGGUCUCAUGAAGACGACCUUCCCUGCCGUUCAGGUCGCUGCUGAGACGCCCUCUCAUAACGACAAGGCCAACACGGUGAAUCUGAAAGAGGAGGUAGGCAAGGCGGAUAUCAUCAUCACCGCAACGUCAUCGACGGAGCCACUGUUCCCCUCUGAGUACGUGCGUUCUGGAACGCACCUGUGCCUCAUCGGGUCGUACAAGCCGGAGAUGCAUGAGAUCGACACCGCGCUUGUCAAGCGCGCAGGCAUGAUCGUUGUAGAUCAAAAAGCGGCCUGCCUUCAAGAGGCCGGAGAGCUCAUCACCGCCGGCUUCUCCGAGACAGACCUCGUAGAAUUGGGCCAGUUAUACGACUUCUCCACCGAACGGAUGUCCUGGACCCCCAGAACGAAAUCCAUCCAGGACAUCCAUGACAGGGGCGACGUUACGAUAUUCAAGUCUGUAGGUGUGGGCGUGCAGGAUGUGGUGAUUGCCUGCGCAGUCGUGCAGCGUGCCACAGAAGAGGGUAUCGGGAGAGUCAUCGCGGAUUACGACGUGUAGGUAUCUCCGGAGCGCUUGACUCCUAUGAUUUGACAGUCGUGCGCGAUGUUGGAUUAAGGUCAAUAAGGAUCCUAGUUCUAUGUACGAUCCUAGAGGCAAUGAAAUUUUCUGUACUCGA